UCUUCUCCAAUCAGCAGCGUUGCUAUUAGCAGCGGAACUGCAAUGGCGGCGAGCAGAGAAACACCCGGUGCGUCUGCUGGAAGUAAACAGAGGGAGCUUGGUGAACAGUUUUCUCACGCAGGACCCCGGGAUGCAUUUAAAAACUGUGUCGCCUCAAUACUCGAUUCCAUCGCCGAGUUUGGCACAAAGUUAAACGUGGGUGAUGGAGUGUUGAGUAUCACUGCCAAUGUCAACAGUAUGGAUAUUUCUGAGCUUCAGCCAUCACAUCUAUACACAAGUUUACAACAGUAUAUCUCCAAACUACAGUCAAUAUCUGAACAUCUAAAGGAGAUUGAGGUGGAUUCAAAUAACCUGGGCUGCCGACCAGAAACACCUGAAGAGAUGGUGAUUGACUCAGAGCAUGUGUCUCCUACAUCUCAACGUGAGGAUCAAAACAAGACCCAGGCUGAAGACAAUGUUCAGAUCAAGGCUGGUAAAUCGGAGAUUGAACGUAGGAUAUCUGCAUUUAUAGAGCGCAAACAGCUGGAGAUCAAUGAAAACAAUGUGAGGGAGUUUUGCAACGUGAUCGACUGCAAUCAGGAGGACAGCUGUGCACGAACGGAUGCAGUCUUCACGCCAUAUCCUGGUUUCAAGAGUCACGUCAAAGUGACACGUGUGAUAAAUACAUACGGACCCCAGACUAGAGUGGUGCAUGGUGAGCUGGGAGACCAUCAGCAAGGCUCCAUUAGUAGAGACUGUGGAAACCCAGCCAUUGAGGAGAGGCUUCAUAACAUGGAAGCUCACCUGAAACUUCCACCAGCGGGUCCAGUACCUCAGAGCGUUUAUCAGCGGCUAAAGAAACUUGAAGAUCGAAUUCUGGAGCUUGAGGGUCUUUCCCCAGAGUACUUCCACUCCACAAAUUUCUCGAUUAAACGGCCCAAAACCUCAAUGUCGCAGAGCUGCAGUCUUGCUGAGCUGGAUGGGAAGAUCAGCGCCAUCAAAGCUGCCUUGAUGAGAAAAACUAGCGAGUUCCAGCCCACAGACACAGGAGAGUUUCCAUACUGACAUAAAGGUCCUGCUCAUUCACUUCAUUUUUUAUGAUUUAUAAAAAUAAACUUCAUUCUUUGCCUCAUUAAA